UAACGGUGCAGUUUCUUAUACAUUAAACUGCCAUGAAUAUUUUGGUUGUUGUGAGUGCCCUUUUGGCAGCUGUGUCUGCAGAUCCGGGCAUAUUUGCGCCCUUACCAGCUCCAACAAUUAUCAAGUCCUUUUCAGCUCCUAUAAUAGCCGCUCCUCCAAUUAUUAAAGCUCCCAUAAUUGCUCCUGCUCCUAUAUAUUUUCCACCCCCAUUAAUCGCGCCACUUCCCAUAUUUAAAGCAGUUGCUGCUCCUAUAAUAAGUUCUCCACCGAUUAUUAAAACUAUUGCACUUCCUGCACCAAUUAUCAAGACUGUAAUUGCAUCUCCACCUAUUCUACCUUUUCAUGGUUAUCACCACGGUUAAAAUAGAGAAAAUAUGAAAAAGUUCAAACAUAUAUGUUAACCAGGCUAUUGAAAAAUGCUGAACAAAGUGACGGAGUUAGAUAUGAAACGAAUUUAAAUCUACAUUUGAUCCUUACUUCAAAGAAACUGUUAAUCUUGCACACUUCUUAAAAUUGUUAAUUUUCUUAAGAAACUUACAAAGUGGUAC